AUGCUAACUCUUUUCGGGUUUGAAUUUGCCGCAGACAAACUCCUUCCUUUUGAACAGACGUGUGAGGUCUUGGGAGUGAAGCUUGACUUGUCUCUUGCGCAUGAAGGCGAAAUCCGUAUCACCAACAAGCCAUCCCGUAUCGAGGAAGUACGGGGCUUGCUUGAGUCAGCGGUGGCAUUAAAGGCUCUGGUUCCUGCGAAGGUGCCUAGGUUCAUUGGCAAGCUACAGUACGCCGACUCACAGGUGUGGGGGCGAGCGGGGCGAAUUGCCCUUGGGGAUCUUCGGUCACUUGGAGGCUCAGGCAGACACGCUGUCAACUUGGUGUUGAAGGCACGCUUUGAGCUCGGCCGCCCUCUGUCAAUCAAGGCAUCGGUCCCGGUGCCUCCAGCGGUGAUCUUCACUGACGGCGCCCUCGAAGAGGGUAAGGCUACCAUAGGAGGGGUGCUCUACCCAUCUUGUAGGCAGAUGCCGGCCGAGGUGUUCGGGGCUACUCUGCCUUGCAACGUGCUUGAAUUGCUCAAGGGUGAUAAGGAGCAUGUCAUCGGGGCUGUCGAGUUGUUUGCUGUAGCCGUAGCCAUAAAACUUUGGAUGCCCCGUCUAACCGGCCAAAGGGUUCUUGUCUUCGUUGACAAUUGGCCUGCCUUGGACACUCUGGUCCGAGGCACUGCUGGUGUCCAAGAGUGGCGACAAGUUCUGCUUUCCAUAGAGGGCGCUGAGGGCGGACAGCCCCCUCUGUAUUGGUUCGCACGCGUCCCCUCGGGGUCAAACGUGGCUGACGAUCCCAGUAA